AUGUCUUCGAACAACAACGAUCUAAGAAUUGUUUUUGUUGACUCUUCACGACAAGUUUCUCGUAAAAAACUUAUCGAAGAAAUUCAGGCUCUUAAGAGUGAAAAUUCUUCCUUAAAUUCUAAGAUAUCUUCUUUAGAAGCGGAAAUCUCUUCUCUUCGUCAAUCUCAUGAUUCUUGA